UGUUUACAUUAAAACUUUCUCAUUAAAUCGAUUUUAAUCUGAACUGAAGUUUUGUUACUAAGGAUUCCACAACGCGGUUAGCCUUUACGGCUGGGACUGCAAGUUUCUGUUCCUUUUGUUGUUGCGUGGAUUCCGCGAGUACUACAGACACCUAUCGUCGUCGUGGGAAAGACUCAUUGUUAUCUUUUCAUAAAACAACUGGUUGCAGUAUAGAGCUAAUGAAUACCAAGCAGAUCCUGAGGGAAAUCGACGAGUACCAACAGCUUUACGCUAUGGAGGAACAACAUACUCCUUCGUGGAAAGAUACGACCACUUCACAAAAUAACUUUAACUCGACAAAAAAAAAAGAAUAACAGAUUCAUCUACAGACACGGACGAUUUACUUACCAUUGAGGUAGUGUCUAGUGCUCUGGCUGGAAUCCAUUCAACAAUGGAAAAGUUGUGUGAGAAGGUAGCAGGGCUGAGGCUGAGUUUGGAGUUCAGCCAGAGUGAAAUUCUCAAGCUCCAAAGAGAAAACAAGACACUCACAGCCAAGGUAAAAAUACCUGAUCCCAACAUGGAUUGUCAACUCAGGGAAACAGGGUGAUGAAGUACACUCUACUAGACAUACAAAGUCGUAGCAUGCGUGAAAAUCAUUUUAUUUUCUGGUAUUCCUGAGUACGCAUCUAAUAAUGCGGAGGGCGCGAUCAGAAUUCAUGAAAUCCGCAUUGAAACUUCCUAUAGAGACUGUAAACAAGGUGGCUUUCCACCGGGUACACAGACUUGGAGCUCGGAACGACAAUACCAAGGGCCCCCGACCGAUCAUCGCAAAAUUUGAACACUACCAACAAAAGGAGCUGAUCGAAAGCAGAGGAAGGGAGCUUAAAGGGACCAUAUUCGGUCUCAAUUACCAAUUUCCGAAGGAGAUGAACGUUGUAAGAGACUGUAUCCGGUACAAAGACAACAAAGGAUGAAUGAAAUCUCCUGGACAGAGACACAUUCUCCAAAUCAGACCCAAUUUGUGUGCUGUAUACACAAGGUAUCGCCAACAGGGAAUGGAGAGAGUUUAGUCGGACAGAGAUGAUUAACAACACCCUGAAUCCAGACUUUGUCCGGAAAUUCACCCUGGACUAUUUCUUUGAAGAGAGACAGAAUCUACGAUUUGACCUGUACGACCUCGACUCGAAGAGCGACAACCUGUCUAAACAUGACUUCCUGGGCCAGGCAUUCUGUACCCUGGGGGAGGUGGUGGGCUCCAUGGGAAGCUGCGUGGAAAAACCUCUCAUUGGGAUUCCAGGGAAGAAGUGUGGUACCAUCAAAGUGAGAGCAGAGGAGCUGAGCAAUUGCAGGGAGUCAGUGAUGCUGCAAUUCUGUGGGAACAAGUUGGACAAGAAAGACUUCUUUGGGAAAUCGGAUCCUUUUCUGGUCUUCUACCGCAGUAACGAAGACGGAUCAUUUACUAUCUGCCAUAAGACAGAGGUGGUGAAGAACACUCUGGACCCAGUGUGGCAGGCCUUCAAGAUCCCUGUCAAGGCCCUGUGCAACGGAGACUAUGACAGGAGCAUAAAAGUGGAGGUGUAUGAUUGGGACCGAGAUGGAGGCCAUGACUUCAUUGGGGAAUUCAAUACCAGCUACAGAGAGAUGUCAAGAGGCCAGUCACAGUUUCACAGCUACGAGGUGGUCAAUCCAAAGAAGAAAGGCAAGAAGAAGAAGAAAUACCUCAACUCGGGAACAGUAACCCUUCUGUCCUGCCUGGUGGACAUGGAACUCACCUUCCUGGAUUACAUUAAAGGAGGGACUCAGAUUAGUUUCACAGUGGCAAUUGAUUUCACAGCAUCAAAUGGCAACCCCUCCCAGCCCACCUCUCUACACUACAUGAGUCCGUACCAGCUGAAUGCCUACGCCAUGGCUCUGAGAGCUGUAGGGGAGAUUAUCCAGGACUACGACAGUGACAAGAUGUUCCCUGCACUGGGCUUCGGAGCUAAACUGCCCCCGGACGGACGGGUCUCGCACGAGUUCGCUCUGAAUGGGAACCCCCAGAAUCCGUACUGCAGUGGGAUAGAGGGGGUGAUGGAGGCUUACUACCAAAGCCUCAAGUCUGUUCGACUCUAUGGACCCACACAUUUCUCCCCUGUCAUUAACCACGUGGCCAGGUAUGCACAGUCAGUCAAAGAUGGCUCCCAAUACUUCAUCCUCCUUAUCAUCUCGGACGGCGUCAUCACCGACAUGGCCCAGACCAAGGAGUCCAUCGUAAACGCAGCUACUUUGCCCAUGUCAAUUAUAAUUGUCGGAGUUGGACCAGCAGAAUUUAAUGAAAUGAUUGAGCUUGAUGGAGAUGAAGAGAGGAUCUCAUCCCAAGGGAGGUUCGCCGAGAGAGACAUUGUUCAGUUUGUUCCGUUCCGUGACUACAUCGACCGCAGGGGGAACCACAUUCUGAGUAUGGCCCGUCUGGCCAAGGAGGUCCUGGCUGAGAUCCCUGACCAGUUCCUCUCCUACAUGAGAACCAGGUGCAUCAAACCAGGCCUCUGCCCCCCUGCCUACAACCCCGCCCCCGCCGUGCACCCCCUCCUCACUCGACGGGUCAGCCGAAUCUGAGGGGUAAGCCUCCUCCGGGGCCUCUUCCUUUCUUGCUUCUUCUUCCUCACUGGAGUUUGACGAUGGCGGUCCGAAGAAGCCAACCGCCAUUUCCACUCUCUUGUUGCACUUUUGUGAAUUCUGACUUCCUCUCUGCAGAAAGGACAGCAAGGCAUUUUGCUUCUAUUUAAAGUGUCCCUCAGGAAGGACUUCCCAUGAGAUGUCAGAGGCCACAGUUUACUGGUCUGACCCAGGAAGGGGGUGAGUGCCUAGAACUGACCAACCAGGAGCAGCGUCCAAUCUGUGAAGAACCGUUCAGAAGUACAUUUCUAUCUCUUACUUCUAUGCCCUACUCUUCCUCUCAACCCCACUUUUGUCUCACCAACGGUCUCUUUCUAAAUGUUUACAAAUUUAAGGAUGAAGAGGAGGAUUUGUACUUGUGGAUAUACAGUUGAAGUCGGAAGUUUACAUACACUUAGGUUGGAGUCAU